AUGUUGAACUAUUGUAUUGUGAACUGCUGCCCCUGCCUUUGUUCUACGUCCAGGGUCCAGGGUCCAGGGUCUAGUGUCCAGGGUCCAGGGUCUAGUGUCCAGGGUCCAAGGUCUAGUGUCCAGGGUUCAUGGUCUAGUGUCCAAGGUCCAGGGUCUAGUGUCCAAGGUCCAGGGUCUAGUGUCCAGGGUCCAGGGUCUAGUGUCCAGGGUCCAGGGUCUAGUGUCCAGGGUUCAGGGUCUAGUGUCCAGGGUUCAUGGUCUAGUGUCCAGGGUUCAUGGUCUAGUGUCCAGGGUUCAUGGUCUAGUGUCCAGGGUUCAUGGUCUAGUGUCCAGGGUUCAUGGUCUAGUGUCCAGGGUUCAUGGUCUAGUGUCCAGGGUUCAUGGUCUAGUGUCCAGGGUUCAUGGUCUAGUGUCCAGGGUUCAUGGUCUAGUGUCCAAGGUCCAGGGUCUAGUGUCCAAGGUCCAGGGUCUGGUGUCCAGGGUUCAUGGUCUAGUGUCCAGGGUUCAGGGUCUAGUGUUCAAGGUCCAGGGUCUAGUGUUCAAGGUCCAGGGUCUAGUGUCCAGGGUCCAGAGUUCAUGGUCUACUAUCUUAACAAUGCUGGGAAAUAUUAUUGGUAUUGGAACUCUCUUAUUUUUUAA